CGAAGCUCGCUCCUGAUCAGUCUGUCUCUUUCACGCUUCAAGGAAAUAAUUCCCCUUCUGCUUUCUUCCGUACUGUUUUCAUAUACCGCUCCCCUAACCAACUUAGUUACGAAACGGCCUCACCUAGUACCAUAGACCCGUCUUGAUGUAAACAAAACAAAAGGAUCGUCCGAAAGUAUAUUUUCGCGAACAGCAAGGAACGUUAGUGGAAUAAUAGAUGCUGUAGAAACUGGUUGAAUUAGAGAAAAAACAAUCUGCCCGCAAUCGAAAUGCUUUGCUACGAGGGCAAGCUGAGCCUGUAUUGCUUCACGAGUGCAAUAUUUGGGCUUGUGCUGUUGUGGAUAUUUUUCGACCUGGGAGUGUUUUCAUAUCCGAUCGGAUUCUGGACCAAAACAAUACUGCUGGGCGUGUACUACUCGGUACUGAAUGUCAUUAUCCGGUUUAAGUUUACCAACAAAGACUAUCAGGUAAGUUUGAAUCACUUCAAUUGUUUUGUUGGAUUGUUUUUUUCUCUCCUUUUUUCUUUGAGCAUGAUUCACCCCAAACACUCGUUCGGGAAAAGAAAAUGCGUUCUUCCAUCGGAUGAUCUCAUGGUCGCCGUGCGUGCAACAUUCCUGGGUAUCCUGUUCGCGCUGGGUGUCAUCAUCUUCCAGACAUGUGACGAACAGUACAAACCAUUCGGCACGUACGCCACUCUGAUGGCCGUGUUCCACUAUUCCGAGUAUCUCGGGAUAGCGUUUUGCAAUCCGAAAACGCUAUCGCCGGAUUCGUUUAUCCUGAAUCAUUCGGUGCACUAUGCGCUGGCGGCGGCCGCCAGCUGGGUGGAAUUUUUCGUAGAGGUUUACUUCUAUCCAGAGUUAAAAACUUACCGAUUGCUGUGGCUACUGGGGCUUCUGUUGUGCCUGGGAGGGGAAGCCCUGCGGAAGCUGGCAAUGAUUACUGCGAGCAAAAACUUCAGUCAUAUUGUACAAUUCGAAAGACACCAAGGUCAUGAGCUGGUCACAUUUGGUGUGUACAGUUUAAUGCGACAUCCUUCGUAUGUUGGAUGGUUCUGGUGGUCGAUUGGAACGCAGGUGGUCCUCGCCAACCCGGUCUGCUUUAUAAUCUACACGGUGGCUAGUUGGAAGUUCUUCCACGAUCGAAUUUUCAUGGAGGAAAUUACGUUGUUGAACUUCUUCGGAGACGAAUACUACAAAUACCAGCAGCGAGUGCCAACGGGUUUGCCCUUCAUACGUGGCUUCAAAGUGGAACUGUGAUAUAUCGAUAAGGAUCAUCCUGACGAGGACGGGAACGGGACGCCCAACAGUGGGAACGACGAAUCAGUUGAUGAGAGUGGCGACAAAGGUGGCGGAAAGGAUAGGUGGGCAAACGCUAGGGAUAAUACGAGACUUGCUUUGGAUGACGAGGACACAGAUGAUGAUCCGAGAAAUAUGACGGGAAGUUUUUACCACGGACGCAAUCAACGCUAUUCAGGUAGCUACGAUAAUGUUUACGACGAAUCAACGAUAGUUUAGAGUGGUUUGGGAGGAAGUAAUGUGGUGUACAGAGGAAUGAGUCGAGUAUGAAUGCGUGUGUGAUUAUCUGUUUAAUUUUUUUAUACUCACGUUUCUGUUCCGCCAACAAAGAUUGAAUUGCGCGAAAACGUUUAAAGUUCUUUACCGAUUAUAACUAUAAGAUUGACACGACUGGUAUGACCGCUUGAGUUUCGUUCUAUGGGUUCUAAUUUUCCGCGUGAUAUUUCAUUUACGAUUGAAGAUGAACGAUAAACUUUCCGCAGUACGAACAUCUAGUCAAGUUUGGCUUUCCAAUUAAAAGUCAAAUUUAAAUUCACGUCAAAUUUAGUGAACAUGCUAACGCAUAAUCAUCCUCCAGUUGGCAUCGAUUAUCUAGAGCGAAGUUUCAAUAAAUGAUGCAAUCUAAUUGUGUUAGGAAACGUUAAUCUAUAUUCUCAUGAUAAUCUGACAAAUAGUGCUUAGUGAAAGACUUACUAACUUAUUCUGGUAGCCACUAGUGAAAAGCUGGAAUAUUCUGUGCCAGACUAACACAUUUCCAGCGAAAACGAGAGAAAAUAAUCUAACGCGCAAUGAUUACACACCAUAAGCAUAAAUUUCAAGUCAUGAAGCCGAUGAUUAUUAUAGCCAAGAUCACGUUUAGUCAACCCAAAUAUAUAUAUACAUUUAAUCUCAACUACAAA